AUGGCCAACGAAUACCGGAUGUCUCUCUCCUAUCCAAACCCAUCCCUAGGUCAAGUAGCAGUGAUGGAGGAUGGCUUGGAAGAGAAUGCUUCAAUAACAACGGAGGUUGUCGGACUGCGCAAACAUUCGAUCACUGGGCCUCGACGAGUAGUUCUUGUCAUCUCGUUGUUGGCUGGACUACUCUUUUCGAGCCUCGACACUUCCAUCGUCUCGACUUCGCUCGUCACCAUCUCGCAUGACCUUGACGAUUUCACAAACGCCCCUUGGAUAGUUCUAGCGUACCUCCUCACAUACAUGGGAUUCGCCGUCUGUGUAUCCAAAUUGAGUGACAUAUAUGGACGGCGCAACAUACUCGUGGUAUCAUGGGUCAUUUUUGUUGGUUUCUCACAGGGCUGUGGAUCGGCAACUAGUAUGACAGCUUUGAUCGUAUGCCGUGCGUUCCAAGGAAUGGGUGCAUCUGGUCUGUACAGCUUAACACAGAUCGGCCUGGUAGAGGUUGGGCCUUCCCACCGUCCCAGCCUGAUAGGGGCUAUGAUUGGUGCUACCCUCGCUGUCGCCUUCGUACUGGGCCCCAUCAUCGGCGGUGCAGUUUCUCAGCUUUCAGACUGGAGGUGGUUGUUCAACAUGAACAUCCCAUUCGGCUUGGCUGCGAUCCUCACAAUUACAAAUCUCUGGCCGCACGAAGAAGUAGCACACUUCUUCUCAUGGAAGGCUUUCACCAGCAUUGAUUUCCUCGGGAGCGCAACUCUUCUUACCAGUUCUGGCUUUCUUGUGUUCGCUGUUCAGCAAGCUGGCUCAGACACGUUCGCUUGGGGGAGCCCAGAGAUUAUCUCUGCUUUGGUCAUUUCAGGCGUGAGCUGGCUCGUGUUUGUGUGGUGGGAAGUACACUUGGAGACAGGGCCAUUGCGCAACAUCGAGCCAAUUUUCCCGAUUCGAUUAAUGCUUCGAAGAGUAUACUCUGCUGGAUUACUGGUUACGUUAUUCACCGGCUUUCCUUAUAUCUCACUUUCGAUCGUCAUUCCGGAAAGAUUUCAAAUUGUCAGUCGUGAAGAAGUCCUAACGGCAGGUUUGCAUAUCCUUCCCAUGCUUGGUGCUUGCGCAAUUGGCUCAUUUCUCGGGGGUGCCAUUUCGAGCCGGAGAAACAACACUUCCCUGACCCUUCUAGGGGCAUCGUGUCUACAACUUCUUGGAGUCGGUCUAAUGUCAAUGUUGACUGGGCCAGACUCACAUAGUAAAGCCCAGUAUGCCUUCCAAGCAAUUUUCGGGCUCGGCGUCGGUCUUUCUUUCUCUGCCGCAACUAUUAUGACCAGUAUACUCGCCGCUGAACGGAGUGAGCUCGCCUCAGCGCAAGGUGCUGUAGCGCAGGCGCGUGUCUUGGGCGGUUGCAUUGGUCUGGCGGUUUGCACUGUCAUUUUCAACUCCCACGUCAACGAAUAUCUCCAGGACCAUUUGACAUCCGCUCAACUUUCAAGUCUCCACCGAUCACCACUGACAAGUCUACAACUGCCGGGGAAUCUGCGAGACCUGGUCAGGGAUGUUUAUGCCAAUGCGUUUGCUGAGGAAAUCAAGGUCUUGAUGCUUGUCUGUGCAGUCAUGGUAGCCUUAUCUCUUUUCUCACUGGAAAGAAACCCUGCGCCCCUGGAAAGGUUGACGGCAUUCCCUAAGGAUCAGUUCUCUUCCAGAAGAGGCAGUGAAUCCGCGACAGAGAUGACGGAUAUAACCAGUAUACACCGUUCUGUUUGAGAUUGGCUCGCAUCAUCAUUUUAGUUUAUCGUGCACCACUACAUUCGAUCCCAAAGAGAUCGAUCCUGAUGUGAACAAGUUGGUUUUGGGUGGCAUAUUUGGCGUUAGCUCACAGCCUUGGGUGUCUUCUCGUAUAUGGGUGCUGAAAUAUUCUGAUUAUCGCGGCGUACGGUAGCAUAUGUACGGGCUCUGGUAACAUAGGUUUUCAGAUGACGAUAUUCUUUGAAUACAACAGCAAUGAAAAAUAUUCGGUGGUUAGUCAGCUGAUAACUAAAUUUUACACUCAACUGCUCAACUGCAAAGAUGUCGAUAAAGCCCUGGCCUCGAAGUUUGCCACUGAGAGGACUGCGAAUUGGGUGCUUCCGGUCUCGGUACCUGAAGAUCAAGGCAUCCCAAGGCAAUUCUCGGUUACUCCUGGUGAUUCAUAAGCAAAUCAAUUCCCUGUACUACUCUGGUGGCCC